CGCCCGAGGAGCGUGGAGAGGAAGCCUGGGACCCGCCGCCGAGCGCGCGUCGUCGUCUUCUGGCUUCGGCCCGGCUCCCCGCGGUUGGAUCGAGGCGUAGAACCGGAGCCCGGGAGCCAUGGGCGCGGGGAGCUCCGCCGAGCAGCGCAGCCCCGAGCAGCCGCCGGCCGGGAGCCCCACGCCGGCCGAGCUCGAGCCCUGCGCCCCCGCGGUGGAGGCGCCGGCCGCGGCCGGGGACCCCGCCAUCGCCACCGCCGCCGACCCGGCCGCCAAGCUUCUUCAGAAGAAUGGCCAGCUGUCCGCUGCCAAUGGCUUAGGCGAACAAGGAGACCCCAGCCUCCAAGAAGGAGUCUCAAAUGGCCAGGAAGAGGACCAAGUGGUCGUCAUAGAAGUUGGACAGAGAAGUUCUGAAGAUGUGAGAGAGAAAGACCCAGAAAAAGAAAUGGCUACCAACUCUGAAGUCACAGACACCACAAAGGAUGGGCAGGAGGAAAUACCUGAAAUAAUCGAAGAGAUUCCUUCCUCGGCUAGCAAUUUAGAUGAGAUAGCACACUCCACCGAGUCCCAAGCUAAUGAUGUUGGAUUUAAGAAGGUUUUUAAGUUUGUUGGCUUUAAAUUCACUGUGAAAAAGGAUAAGACCGAGAAAUCUGACACUGUCCAGCUAGUCACCGUUCAAAAAGAGGAAGGUGAAGGAGCAGAAGGUUCAAAUGGGGCUGGCGACCACCAGGAGGCCAGCGUGGAGACGGAAGGGUCAUCGUCCAAAGAGAGUGAACUCAAGCAAUCCACCGAGGAGCUGAAGCACCCCUCGAAGCACGAGCAAAGCAUCACUGAAAUUUCCACACGAGCUGAGUCUGAUCAAGCCGCAGAGGAAAGCAGCAGAGAAGCAGAAACACAAGAAAGAGAGCCUCCUAGGCCCCUAGACUCCCCCACCAGCCCCAUCAACGAGACAGCGUCGCCUUUUAAGAAAUUCUUCACUCAAGGCUGGGCUGGCUGGCGGAAGAAGUCGAGUUUCAGGAAGCCAAAGGACGACGAGCUGGAAGCUUCUGAGAAGCCAAGAGAACAGGAGCCAGAGAAGCCAGAUAUGGAGGGAGAGGAAAAUACCGAGGGAGUCCAGGAGCAGCCCGCGGCCUCUCCACAGCCCCCGGCGGCCCGAUUAUCCGCCGAGUACGAGAAGGUCGAGCUUCCCGAGCUUCCCUCGGAGCCUCCGGGGCCUGCCCACGACAAACCCGCCCCGCUGGCCUCGGAAGUGUUCGAUGAGACCAUCGAAGGCCACCGAGAGGUCGCGGCGGACGUUCACGCCUGCACGGCCGAGGCGCAAGACCCUGGGACACCCUGGGCCCGCGAGACGCCGGAGGAAGCCACCGCCACCGCGGGGGAGGCCACCGCCACCGCCGGGACGGCCACCGCCACCGCCGGGGAAGCCACCGCCGCCGCCGGGGAAGCCACCGCCACCGCCGGGGAAGCCACCGCCACCGCCGGGGAGGCGGAACCCACGCUGGGCGCCCCCGAGGGCGACCGCCCCUCCCCGGCCGACCUGGCUCCCGAUGAACCGUCUAAACACCCGGAAGGCGCGGCGGGUGAGGCCGAACUCCUGUCCUCGCAGGAGCGGAUCAAGGCGCAGGGAAGCCCCCUGAAGAAGCUGUUCAGCAGCUCUGGCUUGAAGAAGCUGUCCGGGAAGAAGCCGAAGGGGAAGCGAGGAGGGGACGAAGAGUCGGGGGAGCAUCGCCCCGCGCCCGCCGAGUCCCCCGACAGCGCCGACGAGCAGAAGGCGGGGGACAGCUCCGCCUCCUCCCCGGAGGAGCCCGAGGAGCCCGCGGCUCUGGAGAAGGCGCUCGGGGACGGCCCCCGGGAAGGGGAGGUGGAAGAAGGAGCCACCUCCUCCGACGGGGAGAAGAAGAGAGAGGGCAUCACGCCCUGGGCCUCCUUCAAGAAGAUGGUGACGCCCAAGAAACGCGUGCGGCGGCCCUCGGAGAGCGACAAGGAGGACGAGCUGGACAAGCUGGACAAGGUGAAGAGCGCCACGCUGUCGUCCACGGAGAGCGCCGCCUCCGAGGCGCCCGACGACGCCAAGGGGGCCGCCGAGGAGCCGCGGCCCGAGGAGCCGCGGCGCAAGGUGGACAGCUCCGUGUCCUGGGAGGCGCUGAUCUGCGUGGGGUCGUCCAAGAAGAGAGCCAGGAAAGCCUCCUCCUCCUCCGAGGAGGGGGACGCGCCGCCGGCCGAGGAGGCCAGCCGGGAGCCGGGCGCCGACGCGGGCCCCGAGCCGCAGGAGCCCGGGCAGCAGGGCAGCUCCUCGCCCGAGCCGGCCGGCAGCCCCUCGGAGGGCGAGGGCGUGUCCACCUGGGAGUCCUUCAAGAGGCUGGUGACCCCGAGGAAGAAAUCCAAGUCCAAGCUGGAAGAGAAAACCGACGACGGCGGCGUGGAAACUUCCGCUUCCGCUUCCGACCUGGAACCGGGAAGGGAAGAGUCUUGGGCUUCCAUUAAGAAGUUCAUUCCUGGACGGCGGAAGAAAAGGUCCGAUGGGAAGCGAGAAGCCGGCCCCGCGGAGGAGGCCGCAGGCCCGGCGGAGGCCACUGAGGACGACGGCGAUGUCCCCGCCGUGGUGCCCUUGGCCGAGUACGAUGCGGUGGAAAGGGAGAAGAUGGAAGCCCAGCUCGCACAGGGCGGCCAGGGGGCGGAGUCUAGGCCGGGGGCGGAGCCCGACGCGCCCAGCGCGCCUGCGCAGCAGUGCGGCCCGCAGGUGGACCUGUACGUGUCAGAGGAGGUGAGCCAGAGCCUGGUGCACACCGUGACGGUGGCCGUGAUCGACGGCGCGCGGGCCGUGGCCGAUCUGGAGGAACGCUCUCCGUCCUGGAUCUCCGCUUCGGUGACUCAGCCCCCCGAGCCGGCAGAGGAGGACGAAGCCAGACCCCCGUCCGGGGAGGCGAUGGGAGCAUCCGUCGAAGCCGGAGAGGCUCCCGCGGCUCCCCGCCCCGGCGAUGACCCGGUCCCCAGCGACGUGGACUUCACCUCGGCGGAAGCCGUGACCGCGGCCGAACCCCCCGAGGCCCUGUGUGCCGAGGAAGCCACGGAGCCGUCGGGGGCGGAGGAGACCACGGAGAUGGUGUCGGCCGUGUCCCAGCUCACCGACUCGCCCCGCACCGCCGAGGAGGCCACCCCGGUCCGGGAGGCGGAGGGCGCCGCGGCCGACGCCGGGGAGCAGGAGCGGCGCACGCGCGCCGUCCUCCAGGCCGUGGCUGAAAAAGUGAGAGGGGAGGCGGAGCCCGCGGACACCCGUGGGCCGCACGACGGGGUGCAGACCGCGCCGCAGGAGCCCCCCACACCAGCGAUGGGGGGGCCGGAGCAGGGGGCCUUGGAGGAGACGGUCCAGGACACGGAAGCUGACCUCGGUGCCGCGCGGAGUGGAGAGGCCGAGGAGGCUGUCAGCGAGGCGCCGGCCGAAGCCUCAGCCGAGGCACAGCCCCAGGAGACGAUGGGGGCGCCGGCCAUCCCCCCCGACUCAGCCGAAACCCUGACCGACAGCGAGACAGACGGAAGCACGCCCGUGGCCGAGUUCGAAGCCGGAGAUAGCGUGCAGCAGGACGAGGUCCUGGGAACCCCCGGAGACACAGCCCUCGCUUCCCGUACCCAGUCACAGGCCGCAGAAGAGGAGCCGAGUCCUGCCCAGCAAGAGGCCCCUCCAGCACCUUCUAGUUGCCAAACCCAGGAAGAGAAGAAAGAACCAGCAGAAGCAGAGACUGUUCUAGAAUGUACCCAAGGAGAGCUGUUGGGGGAAGCUGGACCCGUUGUGUUGAAGACUGAGGUGUGUCAAGAGGUUGGCCAGAUGCCCGAUGAAGAAGCCAAAGAGGAUGGGCCGUGGGGUGAGGGACACGAAGUGUCCACCCGCACCGACGGAGCGGAGAGCCCGGAAAAGGCUCCUGAAGUGGCCCCUGAUGGCGAGGCGGCCGCGGAGGCGGGCUGUCAGAUGGAUGAUGCUCUUGAACUCCAGCAGCCAAGCCUGCAGGAGAGAGAGGUGGAAGCUCAGGCAGGCCGGGAGGAUCCUACCGAAGCACAGCCCCUGCAAGAGAGUGAGCAAGAACCCGCGCCCAAAGCAGCUGCUCUCCGAAGAGAAGAAGUGGUUUCCACAGUGGACACGCCCCAGACCAGCAGUCCUGAUAGAAGCCCAUCUCCUCCUCGCCAAGCCCACGAGGUUGAAGUUGAAGGCUGUGGAGCAUCAGCACCUCUAACCGCUGGAGCAGUGGAGGAGGUGGUAGAGGUGGUGGAGGAGGUCUUAGAAGAAACUAAGAUUUCAGAAGCAGGUGAAACUUUGCAGUCUGCAGGUGCACCUGUAGUCCCAGCAGAGAAGUCUGUUGAACGAGAAGAAGACCAGGCCCCUCAGCUAGAAGGCGAUGAUGUUUCUGCAGAGCCUGAGACUCAGGCAAUGUCCAUACCAGUUCUACUGACCAGUCAUGAAAAAGGCUUAGAGAGAGAGGGAAGCGGUCCCCAGACAGGGCAGGCAGCAGAUGGAGGUGAUGAGCAGGUUAGUUGGCAGGAAGACCAUGCCAGUACAUCUUCUGAGGGAGAUCUUAAGGCUGAACUUGAGUCUGAGAGCAGUAAGAUCAUCCAAAAUGUAAUUCAGACAGCAGUUGACCAGUUCAUCCAGAAGGAAGAGACGGCCGUGGACAUGAUUACCUCUGAUUCACAGACACAGGCUUUGUCCCUGCGAGCAGAAGAAGCAGCUGAAGAGCAGGCCCCUGUCCAGGAUGAAACCCAAACCCUUGCAGCCCACGAGGAGUCUGAGCCAACUACAGUGGGACCCGCACUUUCCAAAGAUGUGAGUGAAAUGUCCGAAAAGAUCUUGACAAUUGGCAUGGAAAGUUCUGGUGUCGGUGGUCAGCAGCUUGACGAGGUGGUCCCUCCGUCAGAGGCGGAUGGAGAUGGGAGCAGGGCAAAGGCUGUGUCUGACGAAGGUCUCCACGAGUUAAGAGAGAGAAUAGAAAAGCCACCGUCGGAACCCAAAGAAAACAAGAAAGGAGAUGCACACCUGGAAGCCCAAAUCUCAGCCCCGGCAGAUGCCGAGGUCUCUGGAGGCUUAACCAAAGAGUCCUCCGAUACCAAUGGACCGAAAGUCACAGAGGAGGAGCCUGCCCAGGAGCCAGGAUUCCAGGAAGGAAAAGGGCACGGUGAAUCUGAUAAGGAGAUCAGAUCCCCCAAAGAAGAGGAGAUGCAAAAACCAGAGAGAGAGCCAGCAAAAUCUGAACUUACAGAAUGCUAAGACAGUGGGAAACCCAUUGUACAUUUGCCAAGACCAGAAUGUGAAGACAAGUAGUGGAAGAAAAUGCUGCUGAGACUCAAGACCAUUAUUUCAGAACUUUGAGAAAUGGAGAGCAGGGCCAUCCUCCAUCGCCCCUGACAAUCCUGAGGCUUCAUCAGGAGCUUACAGCCGUCUAACAUUUCUUGUUUCCAAGACCAUCUCCUCUUUCCCCCUUGAUAGCAUUUCAUAGUUCUGAUGUAAGGGGCUCAGUUCUUAACCUGGAACAAUACCUAGCUCUGCUUCUCAAACUGGAGUAUCGUGCUUUAUGUAUUUAUGCGUAUAUUUUAAGUCAUCCUCCUUCCAUAUCAUCCAUUGUAUAUUUUUUGCCUCCAUGUUUCACGUGUGCCCUAGAGCACAGACCUUUUGUAUCCCAUGAUACACAGCAGGCACGUAGCUAUGGGAAGCCUGGGGAAACACAAACACAGCUCCCAAGAAAUCACAUUCCUGACGAGAAGGUACAAUUCUUAUUUUCAACAUUCACUAAUGCUUAGAUCCAUGCCUCUGAAAUUGGCCGCUUUCUUCUAUGCAGUGAGCUGAAAAAAAAAAAAUAAAACGCAUUUGUAAACAUACAGAAUGAUUCUUUUAGUUACUGUGAAUUUCCCGCCUCCCCCUUUCUAGUCUAGCGAAAGUUGGAAAGUUUGUUUUCAAUGGCAAGAUAAAUUUCUUCUCUGAGAUGGUGUUACGGUGGUUUGAACAGACGAGUGUGCUAAUUCUUACCUUAGCAGGCCAGUGCAACAUUUUUCAUGUCAUGCAGAAAGAACUGACUUUGUACAUUUUUGACUCUACUUUUGUAGUCUAGACUGGAUCUACGUGUGGCGCAGCGAGUCCUUUCUCUAUAGAUGCUAUUUUGGUAGACGUGGCUGGUGUCUUGUGUACUUACGUCCUUCUUGCCGAACAUUGUUGCACAUUAUGUUCAUUUGGAUAAACUGUGAUUGGACAACGGAUUUAAAUAAAAUAUUUGCUUCUCUUAGAUUUGCUGGCUUUAUGAGGCUGUGUAUUCACUGGGAGAAGACCAGUGAGAGGGUGGUAGGUGAACACCGGUUUGAGCCAAAUGUUUACAGGGCAGAGAUGUAUUUGCUAAAAUAAACAGAGGCUUUUUUUAGAUGGACAUUUCUGCUCCUGCUCUGCCAACUCCCCUCCCCCCCAAAAGAGGCCUUUUUUAGAGUUUUAAUAUUUUUCAUUUCAAACAAUGACAAAUGUUGUGAAAAGGAAAUUUGUAGAACUGCUUUGCCUAAAAGAUGAUGAAAAGUUUU